AAUUAAGAGUUAGGACAAGUGCAUAGCAUAAGAGUGACACAAAGGGAUUAAAAACAGGAUGAAGAUGAGAGGUUUUCUUGUAGCAUGUUUGGCACUGUUCUGUAUCCUAGGGGUUUGUGAAGGUGGCGACCUUAGAAAGAAAUUCUACAAGCGAACAUGUUCUGAGGCCGAGGACAUUGUUAGGAGCAAAAUCCAGGAACAUGUCUCUGCAAGGCCUGAGUUGCCUGCCAAGUUGAUCAGAAUGCAUUUUCAUGACUGUUUUGUCAGGGGCUGUGAUGGUUCGGUUUUGCUGGACUCCACUGCCAGCAACACAGCAGAGAAAGAUUCCAUUCCGAACUUAUCUCUGUCUGGCUUCGAUGUGAUCGAUGACAUAAAAGCAGCAUUGGAGGCAAAAUGUCCUGGAACUGUAUCCUGUGCUGACAUACUUGCAUUGGCUGCUAGGGAUGCUGUUUCUGUCCAAUUCAAAAAGCCUAUGUGGGAAGUUCUUACCGGAAGACGAGAUGGGAAAGUGUCUAUUAGUGGUGAAGCCUUGGCCAAUCUGCCAGCACCGUUUUUCAACCUCGCCCAACUCAGACAAAGCUUUGAGAGUAAAAAGCUUACCGUGCAUGAUCUGGUUGUGUUAUCAGGAGCACACACAAUUGGGGUAGGUCAUUGCAACUUAUUCAGUAACAGGCUUUUCAACUUCAGCGGAAAGGGUGAUCAAGAUCCUUCUCUGAAUCCUACUUAUGCCACUUUUUUGAAGACAAAAUGUCAAAGUCUGAGUGACACCACCACUACAGUAGAAAUGGAUCCUGAGAGUUCAAGCACCUUUGACAAUGACUAUUAUUCUAUCCUUAUUCAGAACAAGGGUUUAUUCCAAUCAGAUGCUGCCCUUUUAACAGCCAAGGUUUCGAGAAACAUUGUGAACGAAUUGACGAAACAAGACAAGUUCUUCACAGAGUUUGGACAGUCAAUGAAGAGAAUGGGAGCCAUCGAGGUCCUCACAGGCUCGGAUGGAGAAAUUAGAACAAAGUGCUCUCAUAUUAUAAAAAAUAUAUAUUUUGUACAAGAGAUUGAAUUAAGGAUGAAGAUGAGAGGUGGCGACCUUAGAAAGAAAUUCUACAAGCGAACAUGUUCUGAAGCCGAGGACAUUGUUAGGAGCAAAAUCCAGGAACAUGUCUCUGCAAGGCCUGAGUUGGCUGCCAAGUUGAUCAGAAUGCAUUUUCAUGACUGUUUUGUCAGGGGUUGUGAUGGUUCGGUUUUGCUGGACUCCACUGCCACCAACACAGCAGAGAAGGAUUCCAUUCCGAACUUGUCUCUGUCUGGCUUCGAUGUGAUCGAUGACAUAAAAGCAGCAUUGGAGGCAAAAUGUCCUGGAACUGUAUCCUGUGCUGAUAUACUUGCAUUGGCUGCUAGGGAUGCUGUUUCUGUCCAAUUCAAAAAGCCUAUGUGGGAAGUUCUUACCGGAAGAAGAGAUGGGAAAGUAUCCAUUAGUGGUGAAGCCUUGGCCAACCUGCCAGCACCGUUUUUCAACAUCACCCAGCUCAGACAAAGCUUUGAGAGUAAAAAGCUUACGGUGCAUGAUCUGGUUGUGUUAUCAGGAGCACACACAAUUGGGGUAGGUCAUUGCAACUUAUUCAGUAACAGGCUUUUCAACUUCAGCGGAAAGGGUGAUCAAGAUCCUUCUCUGAAUCCUACUUAUGCCACUUUUUUGAAGACAAAAUGUCAAAGUCUGAGUGACACCACCACUACAGUAGAAAUGGAUCCUGAGAGUUCAAGCACCUUUGACAAUGACUAUUAUUCUAUCCUUAUUCAGAACAAGGGUUUAUUCCAAUCAGAUGCUGCCCUUUUAACAGCCAAGGUUUCGAGAAACAUUGUGAACGAAUUGACGAAACAAGACAAGUUCUUCACAGAGUUUGGACAGUCAAUGAAGAGAAUGGGAGCCAUCGAGGUCCUCACAGGCUCGGAUGGAGAAAUUAGAACAAAGUGCUCUGUUGUCAACUCUUAAUUCAGAGUCCUCAUUGCUUUUAAUUUGUUGUCUUUCUUUUCCUCCAUUUCUUUUUUGUGAGAAGCCAUUGAGUUAAAUUUGCUUUGUACACCUUCAAAAUUGAUUUGAGAA